CUGUUGAACUUUUAAAAUAUGUAAAACGCGGUGGUUAAUGUAGGGUGUUCACUAACGUGGUUAUAUUUAUUCGUAAGCCUCCAAAAUUUGUCGGCAACUCUCACUAAUAUCUGAGCCACCAGAUCAUAUUUGAUCAUGAGAUUUUUGUUUCUUUCACAAUAUCCAACUGUAAAAAAAUUAAGGAGAGGCGUAAGUGCCAAUCUCCAUCAUGGAAGCAGCAUCAGUAGAAUCACUUCCUCUUCAUUUGUUUGCAAAGUAAAAGCACAACGUUUGUUUUUACUUGAGUGCCUUCUUACGAGCUGUGUUAUAUGGAUUUAAAUCUCGAAAAGCUGAACUACCGAUGGGAGAUUUGAUUGCUUCCUUAACAGAGCUCAGAGUUGUGGUAUGAAAAAGAAUACCAGUUAAGAAGUAUAUCAUUAAAACUUAUAUAAACCAUUCAUGUUAACAUUGACGAAAUCAAUUACGGUAAUUGAAAAUCAUUGCAAAAUCCGGUUGAACAUGGAUGCACAAUGACAUCAAGAUUAAGAAACACCAGCUUUUGUAUUCAAAAGCUCUCUUUCAGAAUGAUGAGGAUGAUGAAGAUGAGCGUGAUACUGAUGACAGCUGCACAGACAACUCUAACGUUGAAAAGUCAGGCACUACGCUGCAGAGACGUGAACGUCAUGGAGGAGGGACUUUAGGUCUGCCCGACACCUUUCAGACAAGCCACCUGCUCUUCUAUGAGAGGUUUAAGGCAUAUCAGGACUACAUGCUUGGAGACUGUAAGCCCUCUGAGGUAAAGGUCUUCACAGCAGACUACCUAGAGAAGGUCGUGGAACCAUGUGAUUGGUUGGCAUUGUGGUCAACUGAUGUCUUUGAUGUUCUUUUGGAGGUGCAUGAUGUGGUCCUGAAGGAUCUGAAGGCAUGUGUUAAGCUGGUGCUGCCUAUGCAGUGUGACACCAGAGGAUGUGAACUCAGCGAAGAAGCCAUGAAUUCUCUACUAGAGGCCACCCAGCACAAAAUCCCACUGCAGGAGCUGCAUGUCGUCUACGAAGAGUCAGGGGACUUUGAUCAGACUGCCCUUGCUAUGGAGCAUCUCAGGUUUUUCUAUAACCACGUCUGGAGGCAGUGGGAUGAGGAAGAUGAAGAUGAUGACUUUGACUACUUUGUUCGUUGUGUGGAGCCCCGUCUCAGGCUGUACUACGAUAUCUUAGAGGAUAGAGUCCCAGCAGGCCUGGUGGCAGAAUACCAGUCCUUAUUGGAGAAAUGCUCCCAGUGCUUCCAGCAGUUCUCUGUUCUGCGCAGUGUCCUUAGCCCCGACUCGGACUCUGAGCUUGACAGUGUGUCAAUGGUGGAGGGUCUGAAGCUCUACGACGAACUGGAGAAGUUCAAACGUAAACUGCACAUAAUUGAGAACCCUUUGUUGAGGUACGUGUUGGGCUAUAAAGGUAAUCCGAGGCAGCAUUGUGUGCAGAGUCGCGGACCCAGAGCAUCCGGUGUAAAGGUGAUCCAUGUUGUCACAGCCUCCUGCAGCACCGUCCAGCUUCAGUCCCUCCUCACUGCCAGACUACUGCCCCUGUGCUCCUGUGGGGACACUGAGAUCCAGUUCCACAGAGAGCCAGUAUCAGCGCUGGACUCAUGUCAUCAGGGUGAUGUGGUCAUUGUUCUCCCAGGGAUCUACAAUGUCAAUAAAUCCAUGUUCAUACCAGACUCCAUAACUGUAGAAGGCUUUGGCUUUCCUGACGAUGUGGUGAUUGAGAAGAAAAACAAGGGCGACUCAUUUGUCGAAACCUCAGGAGCGGAUGUCAGACUGUCCAACAUUAAGUUUAUCCAACAUGAUGCUAUCGAGGGCAUUCUUUGUGUCCGACAGGGAUCUCUGAACAUGGAAAACUGUGUGCUGCAGUGUGAGACUACUGGAGUGACUGUCCGAACAUCAGCCCAUCUAAACAUGAACAUGUGUGACCUGUAUGGAUCCAAGGGGGCUGGUGUGGAGAUUUACCCUGGCAGUGUUUGCAAUCUGAUUAGUAAUGGCAUCCAUCACUGUAAAGACGGAAUCCUCAUAAAGGAUUUUGCUGAUGAGCUUGAUGUGAUGCCAACCAUCACCAUGGAGAACAAUGUAAUCCACAACAAUGAAGGCUAUGGAGUUAUUGUCGUGAAGCCCAACACAGGGGUUCAACAAAGCAUUCCUCAGAACAGAAAUGAAGACGACCAUGUAAAAGACGCUGCUGGAGAGACAGCUGAAGAUGGACAGCAGACAGGAGUUGCAGAUUCUCUACUUGCCUCAAUAUCUUUAGCAAGCCCAAACUCCAGCAGUUCAGCAGCUCAGCCCAAGUCAAAAGAGAACAACAGCACAGAUGGUAACGUAGCCUCCUUCUCAGGCAGGAGAUGGCAAUUUAGUUGUCAGCUGAGCAGAAACAAGGAGACUUGCAGUCGAGCAGUCCAGGAUUUGAUGGACCACCAGAUUUUCAUGUCCAUUCAAGGAAACCAGUUUAGACGUAACGGCAUGGGAGACUUUGGUACCUUUUUUUACUGACAAAUAUUUUUGACAACAUGUUUUUCUCAUCCUUAGCAAUAAUUUGACUUCAUAUUUAUCUUAAUUCCUCUGUAAAUUAAGCUGAUUCACAUUAAGUAGAGAUGAUAAGACGAACUGUUAUCAGUUGCAAGCUGCCUGUAAAUGUUUCAGCUGCACUUUAACCUUGAAGGUUCACCGAAAAAAUGAAAAUGAACUCAUUAUCUACUGACCAUUAUGCCGAUGGAGGGGUGGGUGAAGUGUUUGAGUCCACAAAACACUUUUGGAGUUUCAGGGCUAAACAGCGUUGCAGCUAAUUCCAACACAAUUGACGAAAAUGGUGACCAAUUCUUCAAACAUAAAAAAACAAUAGAAAAUACCUCCACACUGCUCCUGUGGUAUCAUCAAAGUGUCCGUAACCCACAGCAUUUCAAUUUGACUUGAAACAAUGUCCUUUUACAGCAUGUUUUUAGCCUAAAUGUCCGCUAUAAUCCUUGCUUGAAUGCGGCUCAAUUGGAAGGUAUCAGAGGACAUUUAGGCAAAAAACAUGGCAGAAAUGAUGAUGUGUCGAGUCAAAUUUAAAUGUUGGGACAAAGGAACAGUACGGAGGCGAUUUAUGUUUUUUUUCAUGUUUCAAGAAUCGCAAACAGCAUUUACUUCAAUUUUACUGGAAUUUGCUGCAACACUAUUUACACUUGAAACUCCAAAAGUGUCAUGUGGAAUCAAACACUUCAUCCACCCCUUCAUCAGCAUAGAGUGGUGAGUAGAUAAUGUGUACGUUUUAAUUUUUGGGUGAACUGUCCCUUUAAAAUUCAGCAACGGUGAGUGUAUCUACAUUUGAACUUUUAUCUUAUUUAUUCAUUUUGCCUCCUGAAGCUAAAGGAUUUAAAUUUUUUAAUAUACUAUUAGUUUGAAAUCCACUAGUUUUGGUUUUGCAAAGUCGGAUCUAAUAAAUACUAAAUUGAAGGUGGGUGGCUUGUCGAAAGUUGAGCACCAAUGUUGAAUUUAUGUUGUGAUUUCUCACAUGGUGCAUCGGUUUUGUUUUUUGUGCGUUUAUUUUUUUAAGGUUUAUUGAUGUGUUUUAUGAAAUAAAGAAAUUAUAAAGUCUCAAAGUA